UUCAGAAGGGCUGAGCAGAAUGAAUGUACAAGCUCUCUGCAAUGUGUGUGAGAACACAUUCAAUAGUACCAAUCACAAGCCUCUACUCUUGCAGUGUGGCCAUACUUAUUGCCUAGCCUGCCUUAAAAACAUUGAGGCUUCGGGCAAGAAACUUUGCCCAUCAUGCAGAGAAGAGUGGCAGGGCGAAUCGAAUGAACUACCAAUUUCCUACAUGCUGAUACCUGGUGCAAUACCUAAAUCAACUGGUGAUGCUACUGGCAACAAAGUUGACUAUAACACGUGCUUGUUGCACUCAUGCACCAUAGAACACUGGUGCUGCAAGUGUCAAGUUGCCACCUGCAAGAAGUGCAUUUCUGAGAUGCAUUAUGCUCAUGGACAGGUUGCCUUUGAAAAUGUUGUUGGUCAAGAAAUCAGCAUGGAACAAAUAAAGGAAGCCUUCAAUGGAAACCUUGGAAAUAAGUUGAAAAAAGACCUGAAAGAUUCAGUUAGUUUAUGCAAUGAAGGACUGGAAUUGAUUGAGUCAAUGAAAGAGAUUGAAGCAAAACUAUUGUCACGGAAGAAACAUCUCCUUGAUCAAGAACAGAAUUUAUCAGCUUGUAUGGAGCAUGUAGAAAACACCAGUGAGACAGCAUUAAAAGAAAAAUUUGAGACCUUCUUGAAAAUAAUGUCAUGCUGUGAUGUGGAAAAAACAAGUCUAGAAUUUCAGGUUAGAAACUUGUCGGCCAUUGGAAAGGCUGCAGUGGCGAAGGUUUUGCCGGUGCCUGAGCGCUUCUCCACCAACUUCACAGACCUUUUCGAGAGCCUCGUGCCAGUGCAGGUGCAACAAGCGCUCUCCCAGUGCGACGUGCGGCGACAGGACAUUGUCAACAAGGAAGUCAGCAAACUGAAGGAGGCAACGCAGCUCUUGAACAGUGUCUUGGCGAGCCUCAACCUCCCGGCCGCUGUCGAAGAGACGGCGGCUGGAGAGCAGCUGCCGCCCAGCCUUAGAGAGAAGAGUGCAGCCGUCGUCGAGAAAGGAGGGCUCGAGUCUUUGGAACGCAUCAUGAAAGAGCUUCCCGAGCUUCUGCAGCGUAACACCGAGCUGCUUGACGAAUGUGAGCGACAACUCAAGGAAGAAGCUGACUCAGACUCGCAACUCAGAGAACAGUUUAAGGAGAAAUGGACUCGAACUCCAUCAGCAACUCUGACAGCAACGUUCCAGGCAAACGCUGCCAAGUACCGCAAGGUUAUAGAGACGGCCGUUGCUGCUGACUCUACUGUGCGGGGAAAGCUGGAUGCUAACAGGGAAGGCAUGGAAAUGCUGUCACGCGGCCCAGAGUCUCUAGCCAGCUCGCUGCCCUCGCCCUCGUCAGGAGGUGCAUCAGGCGACUCCCCCCCUGUGGUGACGCUGCGUAAGCUCAUGGAGGAGGUGGAGGCCAUCAAGGCGGAGCGCGAGGUGAUAGAAAAUGAGCUCAAGUGCGCACUCUAA